AGGAGCAACGAGGCGAGGCAGGGCGAGGCGAGUCGCGUCGCGUCGCAGAAUUUCAUCAAUUUGUUCCGUUUACACCGUGACGAAGGCACGUAAGGUCUUUCGUAAAAAUGCUGACGACCUUCGUCGUGGCCGAUCCACGGUGGCUGGAGGUGGAAGAGAGAACUCAUCUCGUUAGUUUCGAUUCCGCCGUCCGGCAAGAUGCAUUUGUCCCCGCAACUUCAUCCGCUGCGUUCGCCCAUGUGAUCCGACAUCUACGGAACGCGACGUGUACGCACGCAAUUCUCCUCCGACGCGCAAGUAAGAAGAGAGAGAGAGAGAGAGAGAGAGAGAGAGAGAGAGACCGUCUCCAACGUACGCAUCUCACUUCGAGUGAAGCUUUAGUUUAGCACUAGUUUGAGCUGAAACUUCAAAUUUCCCUCGCGGUGAACUUUAAUAGCUAACGAGAUCAUCGUGCGACUUCUAUAUUGCAUGCAGGAGACAAGAACGACUAGUUAACUAACGAUCGACGUCGACGAGCCUGCACCUUCGAGAGGUUCCUUCGGGACGACUGUUACGUAUCAUCAUACUCGGUAUUCUUCAUUAUGUGUGAUGCAAGUCUAUCGAUGACUCCAUUGUCCAUUUAACUCGAUUGAACCUCAGCCUGUGAGUGGUCAAGGUCGACACUGCGCAGAGGUCUUUAACGUACAGCCUCGGCUAGCGGGCACCAUUUGCCAAGAUGCACCUAUUGCCAAUCAAUUCCUUUGCAGCCAAAUGGCUGCUCCUUUGCUUGAUGAGUCCUCCGCUUUACAGCGGAGCUGAAAUACCGCUUCAUGGUUCCUACGAAGUCAACGAUCCGAUGCGUUACCAAUUUCGGUCGAUGCAGUCCGACAAAGUUCCUGCUGAGGAGCGACAAUCCGACAUAGGCAUUUCGCAACUGGAUCAGCGUGAUAAGGAGAUUCGGAAGAAAGACGAGGAAAUCAUGAAGAAAAUGAACAUAUUGAGUAAGAUAUUAUCCGAAGACUCCGACGAAAGUGACGUCGAGUCGAGGAACAUCAUCGAAAACAACAUCAUCGCGGAGUCGAAUAUUUCUGAGGAAACGAAGAGAGUCGUAAGACAAGUCAGCAGGCAGCGACCAGGAUUUUUCUGGACCUUGGCGAGACUAGCCUUCGAAACGUACAACGACACGCGGUCGGCGAUUCAACAAAUUAACAACAUCGUCGGCGAGAACUUCGAGCCGGACACAACUACGCAACUGCCGAGUAGAAGUAAUUCAUUGACGAUGAUUAAUGCUAAAUCCACCACACCGCUGGAGGAUCAGAACAACAUGUCCAGCAAUCUGGCCAACGUAAACGUGACAACAACGGCAACGACAGCAGCAGGAACAACAACAACUACUACUGCGAGACCUUUCAAAUUUACGGUAAACGGCGUGCAGAAUAUAAUUCGAAGAAAUUUGCGUGGUCUAGUGAGGCUCUUCAAUCUCGAAUGGCAGGACGCUUUGAAUCAAUCGGAGAUAAACGUGAGAGAAUUUCAAAAGGACCUUGGGAAUCAGGUAGGCAGUUUCCUGCAGGAUAACCCGAACGCCUUUUAAAGGUGACGAGCAGUGUACAAAGAAAUGAAUAUUCGAGGAAGUAAAUCCGGGCAAGAAAGCUAUAAGUUGCAUACAAUAUAACGAGACACGCACAUCAGCGAUAAACAGUUCCAUAAUUUAGCCAAAAACUAUAGCUGUGUGUGUGCCCGUAUGUGUUAAUAUAGUGACGGCGAAUCUUUGCAACCAGGCGUGUUAAAAGCGAAAGAGAUUAAUGAUAUCACCUGAGUGACGUGUCACAAACGUACAAAAAUUAUAGAACAUUAAAGUACCAUAAAAAAAUCGUAGAAGUUAAAGAAUCGUAGGGCUAUUAAAACAAUUAAAAAGUUUCGACCUCUUUUUCUAGGUUUGCAAUAAACAAUAAAACAAAAUACAAAUCUGUAAUAAUAUAACU